UUUUGAUGCAUGUGUUCAACUGACCACUUCCUUUUUUUUUCCUCUUUACUUUACAAAAAAAAUAAAAAUAAAAAAUAGAAAAUAUAUUUCACUCACACGCAACCACUAACUCUCCGGCCACCGGAAAACAACCAAACCAUGUCAUCCGACCCAUUACUACUCACUUCACCCGAACCCGAAACCGCAUACGAACCAUCAGAAAAAGUCCACAUAAUCACCCUGCAUGAAACCAGCAACUACAACGAAUACGACGACGUUUCACCCCCAUUUUCAUGGCGCAAACUUUGGUUAUUUACCGGACCCGGAUUCUUAAUGAGCAUAGCAUUUCUGGAUCCGGGUAACUUAGAAGGUGAUUUACAAGCUGGUGCAAUUGCUGGGUAUUCAUUAUUAUGGUUAUUAUUAUGGGCUACAGCUAUCGGCUUACUUGUUCAGCUUUUAUCGGCUCGGCUCGGCGUGGCUACGGGAAGACACUUGGCUGAGCUGUGUAGAGAAGAGUAUCCAAAUUGGGCUGGAAAGUUACUGUGGGUCAUGACUGAAAUUGCUUUAAUUGGUGCUGAUAUUCAAGAAGUUAUUGGAAGUGCUAUUGCUUUAAAGAUUUUGACUCUUGGGUUUUUACCACUUUGGGCUGGUGUCCUUAUUACUGCCUUUGAUUGUUUCAUUUUCUUAUUUCUCGAAAACUAUGGUGUGAGGAAACUAGAAGCACUUUUUGCUGUGCUCAUUGCAGUCAUGGCGAUCUCGUUUGCCUGGAUGUUUGGUGAAACUAAACCUGAUGGCAAGGAGCUUCUUAUCGGUCUUGUGGUUCCAAAACUCAACUCUAAAACAAUCCAGCAAGCAGUGGGAGUUGUUGGCUGCAUUAUAAUGCCUCACAAUGUGUUCUUACAUUCUGCACUUGUACAAUCGAGAGAAAUAGAUCCACAAAAAAAGUGUCGGGUCCGAGAAGCUCUUAAGUACUACUCAAUAGAAUCUGCCAUAGCAUUAGCUAUUUCAUUCGUUAUUAACCUCUUCGUAACAACUGUAUUUGCAAAGGCAUUCUUUGGCACUGCAAUAGCUGACACCAUUGGUCUCGGGAAUGCGGGUCAGUUUCUUGAAGAGAAAUUUGGUGGCGGGUCCGUACCAAUUUUAUAUAUCUGGGCUGUCGGGUUGUUGGCAGCUGGACAAAGUAGUACAAUUACUGGCACAUAUGCUGGGCAGUUUAUUAUGGGAGGAUUUCUUGAUUUGAGAUUGAAGAAAUGGGCUAGGGCAUUGAUAACACGAAGUUGUGCUAUAAUUCCAACAUUGAUAGUUGCCUUAAUAUUUGAUAGUUCCGAGGACACUUUGGAUACUCUAAACGAAUGGUUGAACGUGCUUCAGUCUGUACAGAUCCCAUUUGCUCUUAUUCCGCUGUUGUGUUUGGUGGCCAAAGAUGAUCUCAUGGGAGUUUUCAAGAUUGGACCUGUUCUAAAGACUAUCUCAUGGCUUGUGGCUGCACUAGUGAUAGCGAUUAAUGGGUACUUAUUGCAACAGUUUUUCGCGGAACAAGUAAGCGGUGCAGCCUUUACUUCAAUAGUCAUCAUUUUCACUGUUGCAUAUGUUGCAUUUGUCAUAUACCUUAUAUGGCGAAGCAUUACGGUCUCUGCAUUCGGUUUCUUGAAGCAAAGAAGCCAAGUAAUGUAAAGGUUUACGUAUAGGUAAAUAUAUGUAUUUUUUUUCUAGACGAUUUUAUUAGCAUUAUUGUACUCUAGCAACGAAAAACCUAUCAGAGAUGACUUUAUUAUGAUGUUGCAACGUAGUAGAAGUUAUUUCUCAUGACCUCUUUUGGAAGGUCCAUUAUGUUGCAUCAUCAUUGUAGCAUUAUGUAACCCCAUUUCUAUAAAGAUUAAGCAACUGAAUUGCUCCAGGGUUGUGAUUGUUUAAAUUCAA